CCUGCCUGCCGAUAAAUGACACCAUAACUGCCACUCACUGCCAUAUCAAGUCGCCAGGUCAAUGUAUGGAUGUGCUUGCUGAUCAUUUCCCGUCAAAAAGCUUUUCGGCCUUGGAGGUAUAAAUACCACUCCCUCCCUCGCCCGUCUUUCUGACAAUUUCUUGCUUACUCUGUACCUUCGCUGAAUAUUGACUGCGACCAUGUUCCGUCAACUCGCACUUCUAGCUCUUGCUCUUGCUCCUGCCUCGCUUGCCCAGGUUUCUGAGGGCUUUGAGAGCGGCUGGGACCAGACUGCUUGGCCUACCUACGCGGCUGAUUGCAACCAAGGCGGAAAAGUCACGCUCGACACUUCGACUGCUCAUUCUGGAAAGAACUCCAUCAGAGUUGAUGGUGCUGGUGGAUACUGUGGACACAUUUUCGUUGGAACGAAGAAGGUUACCAGCGGUGAUGUCUAUGUCCGGACUUGGCUGAAAGCUUCCAAAGCUCUCACAGACUCCCACGUCUCAUUCAUCACCAUGCCCGACUCCGCCCAAGGCACCAACAAACACCUCCGCAUCGGCGGUCAAAGCAAAAUUCUCAUGUACAACCGCGAGACCGACGACGCCACCCUCCCGGACCUCUCACCCCAGGGGAUCGCCACAUCCGCCGCUCUCCCAGCCGGUACAUGGCAAUGUUUCGAGUACCAUCUUGGUCCUGAUGGAACUAUUGAGACGUGGUUGAAUGGUCAGGCUGUUGCGGGGUUGACUAGUAAGCCGGGAGUAGCGAAUGCGAAUGCUGCGCAGUGGCAGAGGAGCAGUAUUAAGCCGAAGGUUACGGCGAUUUAUUUUGGGUGGGAGAGUUAUGGCGGGGAUACGAAUACGUUUUGGUAUGAUGAUAUUGCGGUGAACUCGACCCGUAUUGGAUGUACUUAGGAUGCUACCUGUCAGAGGAUGGAAGAAAAAGAAAUGAGGGAAGUGGUGUAUAUAAGAUGAGGAUUGUACAUAUUAAGACAAAAGCUUUCGUUUC